AUGCCGUCCAAGGGCCCGCUGCAGUCGGUGCAGGUCUUCGGACGCAAGAAGACAGCCACAGCUGUGGCGCACUGCAAAUGUGGCAAUGGUCUCAUCAAGCUGCUGGAGCCAGUUCUGCUUCUCGGCAAGGAGCGAUUUGCUGGUGUGGACAUCCGUGUCCGUGUGAAGGGUGGUGGUCAUGUAGCCCAGAUUUAUGCUAUCCGUCAGUCCAUCUCCAAAGCCCUGGUGGCCUAUUACCAGAAAUAUGUGGAUGAGGCUUCCAAGAAGGAGAUCAAAGACAUCCUCAUCCAGUAUGACCGGACCCUGCUGGUAGCUGAUCCCCGUCGCUGCGAGUCCAAAAAGUUUGGAGGCCCUGGUGCCCGUGCUCGCUACCAGAAAUCCUACCGAUAAGCCCAUCAUGACUAUCAAAAUUCUUCUGUGUAAUAAACAGUUUUUGAGGGAAAAAAAAAAAA